CUUAUUGUAUUCUUUUGUGUGUGUGUGUGUGUGUGUGUGAGAUGGUUUUUUUCUAAUCGCUUGAAUAAUUGAUCAAUAUAAUAGUUGAAGAAUUAAUCAUGUUGAAAAAUUGAUGUCCUUCAGUGCUUCUACGCACGGCUAGGUCUCCUCCUCCAGCUGGGUAUCAAUGACCCACCUGCGGAGGUGUUUGGUAAAAGCAUACCCCUUGCUUAAAAUUAUUGGAUUUGCAAUUACGCGGGUCUACCAUGAACGUCUCACGGUGCUUGCUGGCCCUUUUUGUUGUGGUACGCCGGGCCGAGUCUCACUGCUCGCCCACUUCUUACUACAAAAACUGCUGGGUUCGGAGCUUCCCGGGAGUCCUCGUGGACACGGAGGCGUCCGAGAAGCGAGGGGCGCGGCUGCUGAGGAUUUACCGGGAGGAGAGCGCGCUGACAUGCAGCCGCAGUUGCUGCCUGAGCCGAAAUGCAUCUUGUAACGUGGCCGUGUUUCACCAUGACGGCUCGCAAGACAACUGUUGCCAUUUGCACUGUCCAGCUUUGGAGAGCUGCAUCGUAAACCGCAGCACUAAUGCUGUCCUCUACAACAUCACCCACGGUAUGGAUCCAGACCUGUUGGUGUUUGGCAAACACCUGACCUCCCACGCCCACGUGGGUCACGUCAACGCCUCUGACCUGCUUCCCUUGGACAAGCGACAAUUCUUUCAUCCACCUCCGCCUGUUGCCACCCUUAAACCAACCACCUCCGGCACCACUGGCACUCCCAAAACCACCAGGAGACCCUCAACAGUCACUCUGAAACCUCCCUCAUCAGCCAUCACCACAUUCCAGAUAACCAUAACUCCUCCAUCCUCCCAAACCACCCCCUUUGGUCCUUACCGUGUCCCAACACCUCCUACCUUACCGCCCACAACUACCACCGACCGUCCUCAGACAUCCUCUACGUCCACAGGCGGCGAUCUGAGGAGCCAAACUUUGGUUAAAGGCCCAGACACCAAUGAUCCGAGCACCCAAACAUGGGUUAAAGAACAAGAAACCAGUGAUCUGAGUGCCCAAUUGUCUGUUAAAGAGCAUGACACCGAUGAUUUGAACACCCAAUUGUCAGUUAAAAAGCGAGACACCAAGGAACCGAGCACCCCCACAUCGGUUAAAGAGCGAAACACAAAUGAUCUGAGCAACCACUCGGUUACAGAGCGAGACACUAAGGAUCCGAGCACCCAAUCAUCUGUUAAAGUGGAAGACAUCAACAAUCUGAGCACCCAAACAUGGUUUAAAGAGCGAGACACCAAAGAUCUGAGCACCCAGAUAUCUGUUAAAGAGCAAACCAAAAAUGAUCCAAGCACCCAAUUGUUGGUUAAAGAGAGAGAGACAAAGGAUCUGAGCACUGGAUUGUCUGUUAAAGAGCAAAACACCAACGAUCCGAGCACCCAAACAUGGUUUAAAAAGCGACACACUAACAAUCUGAGCACCAAAUCGCCAGUUAAAAAGCAAGACAAAAAUGAUCCAAGUACACAAACAUCAGUUAAAGAGCGAGACACCAACAAUCUGAGCACCCAAACAUCAGUUAAAGAGCAAAACACAAAUUAUCAGAGCACCCAAACGUUGAUUAAAAAGGAAGACACCAAUGAUUUGAGCACCCAAACGUCGGUUAAAGAGCAGGGCACUAACAAUCCGAGUACCCAGACGUCAUUUCAAGAGCGAGACGGUAACAAUUUGAGGACCCAAACGUCGGAUAAGGAACGAGGUUCAACGCCGGGUGGAGAAGACACCUCGCCGGAUUUAAGACCCGGGUAUCACGGCCUGCCGGUUGUGCUGGUCACCUGUGUUGCGGUAUUGCUGGGCUGUUCCGUCUGGAUGCUUGCAAGCUGGAGGAUGAAGAGGAGGAGGAUGGAAUGCUACCGGACGUCCGGGAGAAGACGGGCCACGCGUGAGAUCAAGUAUGAGCUGGUCGUAGAGGGUAACAACUAACUGAAGGUUUUGAAGGGGGUUCUGAUCUGGAAUUCUCUUUUAACGGUUACAGGGGUUUUCAAACUUUUGCGUUCCUGGGACCCCUUACCAUAGAGACAUUUUUCCAAGGAAUCCAGAAGCUAAUUAAACUACCAUCCAUUUUCUCUGCUGCUUAUCCUCACAAGGGUCUUGGAAAUUGAUCCUAUUCCAGCUUGCUUCUGCGAGAGGUGGGCUAAACCCUAAAUUGGUUAACAGCCAAUUGCAGGGCACAUACAGUCAUAGAACCAUUAAUACCAAUUUAGAUUAGAAUCUUUGUCGUUGCACAUAUUCCCCUUUUUUUUUCUUUUUUAAAGUUUUUUUUCAUUAUUUAUAUUUUUGGGAGGAAAAAAUAUAAUCUUAGAAUAAAGACUUACAUUUUCUAGCUCAAAAUCUUUCUGAGAAAAAAAGAUAUUACAAGAACAAAGAAAUUUUAUUGGCAUGAAGUAAUUCUCGCAAGAAAAAUUAUUUUGAGGAAAAAAAAAAAAAUCAAGAAAAAACAUGACAGAAACUAUUAUUUUUCAAAAUAAAAAUAAGUUAUAUAACAGG